UUUUGAGCACCAAACACUUGACGUUAGAAUUGCCACCUGCUUGGAUACAGACCGUCUUGACCAUGGACGGGGCUUGGACAAAUGCGGUCGUAAACAACAUGAGUCCACCAGAGAGAGCGUUCAGCCAGCGCCGCUGAGAAAAAUCAAGACGGCGUACCGAAAACGUAGUCAAGUUGAAGGUCAGCCUGAAGAGCAUUCUUCUGUUUCAACCAAAGCAGCAGCGAAGAGGCGAAGCCACCACAGCGCCAGCUCUGAUGAAAAGUCAAGACAAGGAGAACGCCCUAUCAUCUCAAAGUAAACCCAAAACGAAAACCAAAAUGAAGGUGUGCAACGCUCCUCCAUUGAAGAGGUCAGGGAGAAAACGUACUCCCACUCAAUUUUACGCUGUUAAUGACAAAUUAUCUGAAUCUGAAGCAGCGUCCAAUGAGAAAACUAUGCCAUCUCAAAGAAAAGCCCAAAAACGAUCUGUGCAGGAGCCCAAAAAGAAGGUGCUCAAUGCGCCUCGAUUAAAGACAUCAGGGAGAAAACGCACUUCUCAGUUUUCUGCUGUUAAUGACAACUUAGCGGAGUCCAACUCACUGGAGGAGGAGGAGGCGGAGGCGGUCUCUUCUACAAAGAGGAAUAAACAGGACGAAAGGAGGCCCAUGCAGCAAGGCGGGAAGCUUCAAACCAAGAGCCGCGAACCAUUGAUGCAUGCAAAGGCUAACACGAAGUUGAAGCAGUCUCAGGAGAAAUCCAGUCGAGGAUGCGCCGCGUCCCCUCAAGACCAAGACGAAGGCGAGUGGACACGGGAGGAGCUGGCAAAACUACAGCAGGCUCUUUCCAGGUAUCCCUUGCACAUGCCAUUCUACUGGACAAAGGUGGCCACGAUGGUUGGCACGCGCUCUGCGCAGGAGUGCCACGACCGGGACCCGGCUUUGCAGGACUUCCGCACUCCUGUGAAGAGCAGCCGGAAAAAACAAAACAAAAAGGGAGAAGCGCCAAAAGCCACAGACCUUCCCGUCAUAUCGGCGGGCACGAGAACCUUCAAGAGAAAGCAGCAGGUGCGUCAGUUCCAGGAGGCCGUGCCCAGAGAGAACAUGAAUGACGCCUUCAGCGCAGCACAGAGAAAUUGCUUUGAGAUCUCGUCCAUGAGUUCGUCUGGAGACCAGGACUUCAUAAUGGCCAACCUGGAGCCCCUGACACCUGUUUCACCACAUUUCUCUCCAGUGAAGUGUCUCUACACCAGUCCUGGAAUAGUGGAUUCUCCAAACAGGAACGACGAGGAGAAGUAUGUUUUUCAACUCCAGCAACUGAUAAAAGAAAAUCGGGUCAGAGGCCGCAAACCAGUUCCGGCGAAGAACUCCGUGGCCUCACCAUCAGUCAAACGAACAAAGGGACAAUUUGAAAACCCAGGUCGGUGUCGUGUGCAAGGAAACGAUUCUUUGGCCGUUUGGGAAAUGUUUCCAGAGAAAGCUGCCGCGUUGUCUGACAGUGGGGAAGAAGAGGAUUUUUACUUUUCUGACAAUGACUGAUACUACUUGAAACAUGUAAAUCCAGCAGAACUAUACAACUAUGAUAUUUUCAUUUUCUUUAUCAAACUGAAGCAAUAAUAGCCAUUCCCUGCAUUUCACUUGAAUCGGUUGAUUUAGUUUAGUUUUAGUUUUGUUCGUUGAGUUUUAGUUUACCCUGGCGAGUGAGUGAAAUGAAGUCUUAGGUUAAGUGAAGACUCAAAAGUCUGAAUUAUCCUUCGGUGUGAAGGCAAGUGUGAAUGCUUGCUUUUCUAUAGGCACGCUGUCAUGUUUUGCCAUUGAAAAAAAAAAAAAAAAAAUAUUCACACCAAAACAAGUGUAGCCACUACAAAAGAUUGCGAUGAAAAUUUUUUUCUGUAACAUUUUUUUUCUUUUUUUCAGCCUUCAGUUUUCAACUUUGGAGCACUCUAUAAUAAUAAAAAAGCACUUUCACUGACAAAAGAUGGACAUGAAGCAAUAAUCUGAAGACUGACAAUGCAAAACUCAUAAACAAUAUCUUCGUAUAAUAUUGUAUUUUUAAUGUCUGUAUAUUUUUUUAUAAAGUCUGUUUCAGCACAAAUACAUGUUUUGGCGUCGAUAAGGCUUUUUCUACAAAGCCAAAUGCAAAUGUUUUUGGGCUGUACAUGUAAUGGUGGCCGACAGCAGAGGGCGCUCUACUUCCUUCUCAAAACAUGAAAGCGGUUCACUUGCGCAUAGCCCCUCCCCUCCAUGCCAAAAUGCUGUCAAUAUCAUAUCAUAUAGAAAUUUAUGAAGUUGAAACUAAACUCUGAUUAAAAAAAAUAAUAAAAGCACUGUGACUGGAAAA